AUGGAAAUAUUCGAGCUACACAGGCGGUCAUUGAACUCUCCUAGUGCCAACUCAAGUUACGCAGGUUGUAACAAGUGUUUCACAUACAACUCACCCCUAACGCCCUCACCAAAUGACGUUUCCAUCACCAUCGCCACCACCACCGCCACCACAAUCUCGUGUCCUGUCCUCGAGGCUCUUUUAGCCAAAGAGGAUGACACGGAUGAUGUUGGCGCGGAAGUGGGCUGCACUACCCAAUGUGAAGUCGAUCACUGCUCCGAUGGCUGCAUUAUAUGGGAACGAGCGCUUAACUCAAGUUGCCAAGAAGUUUGUAAUGUAACGCAAGGAUUGUUAUCUUUGAAGGAGCUUUAUUGUACAGUCGGUUGUCAAAGUGCUUUGAGUCGAUAUUUUCAGCAAUUAAAAGUUCACAUUGGAGUGCCACCAACGCCAAUUCUAGUCAACAAUUCAUUGGCAGCAACGUCUCUCACUUUACAAUGGGACAACACGAUUUUGAAGCACUAUAACUUCAAGAUAGCGUAUUUUAUGCAAUGGAAGUACGAAGAGUCGCGCGACGAUUGGCAAUAUUGUAAUAAGCAAAAUUGGAAUGGAAAAAAUCAAAUAUUCAUACGUAAUUUACAACCUUAUACAAGAUACAAGUUUCGUUUGGCGAUAUUGUUGAAAUUAAUUCAACGAGACGACGAGCCAAUAUUUUCGCAGUCUAGUCUAUCGAUUUUGACAUUGGCCGGGGGAUCGCCAACUUCGGCACCUACAAUCGUUCAGGCCUCGGCUAUAGAUCACUCGAGAGUUUAUGUGAGUUGGGAAGCUGGAUCGAUUACCAAUGGGCCGCUAUUCUCUUACGUAUUGCGACUGCAACAGGAGGGUCACGAAAUCUUUCAAUUGAAGCAUAUACCAGUUUCACAAGACACUUUUAUGUUUCAAAAUCUUCAAGCAAAUACAAACUAUUCCGUGACUUUAAAUAUGAAAAAUGAUGAUGGGGAAGGACCGGAAACUUAUACAUUUGUUAAAACAUUAGUAGAGCCUGAAGUGAACUCAUCGGAGAAGCCGGAGCUGAUAAUAAGUAGCGAGUACUCGAUAGUCCUGCAGAGCGCCGACGUCCUCGUGGAGACGAGGAUUCUUUACGAGGAUAAGGAACGGAUCCGCGAGAGCGCGUUGCUGAUCGCGGAUUCGCGCCUCUUCGUCUGCGACAUGGCGGAUCGGCUCCAUAGCGUCUCCUUCGACGAGGCGAUCCCGGUAAGGAGUCUCCUACUGCAUCCGAAUAUCACGUACCUGAGGCCGUGGAGCCUAUCCGUCGACUGGCUCAAUGGGAUCCUCUACUUGGCAGGGGCGAGUGACCGCACGGGAUUCUGGGAGAUUGCGAGGUCGGACCUCGAGGGCCGGAAUCUCACGUCACUCGUGGGUGAACUGAUUGACCAGCCUCGGAGCCUGCGGGUUGACCCCGUUAAUGGAUUUAUCUUCUGGAUGGCCAGUGACGGCAUAUACAGAGCGGAUUUGGCCGACUUUGACGAUAAUGUGGAAGUUCAGGUUGAACAAAUUUUGAAAAAAUCAAAUUUAGGAGCCUUCGUUGUUGACUACAUUAAUAGACGUCUACUAGUAACAUAUCAAUCGGAAAAUACAAUAAAAUCCGUAUCCUUGGACGGAAAAGUUGCAAUAGACAUUAGAAUAAAUACAAAGCAACCCAAAUUCAAAAACGUUAUCUCUUUAACUAUGACAAAUGGAUUAUUUUAUUGGACUAAUGGAAUUGAAGUCAUAGCUGAAAGUUAUGAGUCGAAUAAUUUCAGAUACUUUCAUAAUGUACUUUUCAACAGGCUCGAUGAAAAUUUCGUCAGGAUCGAGGCUCUGAUGGAGGAGUGCCAACCGACGCCGGUGCCGACGGAACCGCCACGAUUGCCCCAAGCCCUAGCUUUAACCGACCGCGCUCGGAUAUCCUGGCAGAGUCCGGCAACGUUGCUCGGCCAAGGUCGAGGCGCCUGGUCCAGCUGGUUUUACGCACUCCAUGUCGAGGACGACGUUAGCGGUGAGGUGUUCCAGGAGAAGGCGGUGACAGGGCUCGAGCACCUCGUCGGUGGUCUACGCGAGGGCGCUCUGUACACUGCCAGAAUAGCCGGACAUUCGCAGGCCGGCAGCGGUCCCUGGAGCGCCAAUUUCAAGAUCCAGACGAUCAAAAAAGAGUCAAAAUCCUCGAUUCUUUGGACAUCGAACGAAACGAUUUAUAAAAGUGACUUAAUCGGUGAAAAUGUGAAAGCUUUGGUGAACAUUACGAGCUUAGAUGAAGGAAAUAGUUUUAUAAUAUCCGACAUUUGCUGGUACGAGGAUCUAUUGUUCCUCGUAGGAAAUAAUUCCAAACUAUAUCAAUACAAUACAACGAGUCAACGAAACAUUAUCGUGAAAUUCGCACACGCGAUAAGUAAUGUUGCUGUCGAAUGGAUAACGAAGAAACUUUACUGGUCAGAUGCGAAAAAGCAAGCGAUUCUUCGAUCGAACAUGGACGGCUCGCUGCAGGAGCCAAUAGCCAUUGUGGGAAUGACGCGGACAUUACUCUUGGACUGUUUGGAGGCGACCUUGUACUGGUCGACGAGCCGUACCGUAGAAGUCGCUCGACUCAAUGGGGAAGAGAGGCGCCAUUAUCGCUCGGAGGAUGACUUUGACGGUCGACAUGUCGUCGGACUCACCCUCGAUCUGGAUAAUCGAUUCGUUUAUUGGAUCGUGGGCGACUACACCGACGACUACAUGCUUUAUCGGGCCCUCACCGUCGACAUGCUGCCCCCAGACAGCAACAUCGUCCCAGAAAUGGUGUCGAGGAUUCGCAGGAUAGUCAGCGACUCUCUCUCCUACGUCUCACACCGCCUCGUUCUUCUCGCGACCCCGACAAGCGCCUCGUUUACCAGUGUCCGUGGAAAGUACGCGUCCAUACUUCGUCACUUUGACAUCCGCUCGAAUAUUAGCGGCCUCGCCGUAACGGCACCGAUUCCGCCAUUACACCCCAAAGCGACCGGUCGAAUAAUCGUACGCCCGCAGCCGGUUAACGUGAGCAGCAUCGCGAUCUCGGGCACCUGGCGCGACUUCAACAUCACGUGGCAGCGCGUCAAUAACACGAGCUACGGGAGAGUCUUCUACGAGGUGGCGUUCACCGAUUACAUAAACGUGGACAUGCAACCGAUAACGACCAGCCGUAACUCGAUGAGCUACGCCAAUGCUGAUCGAUUGCUGCCUUACACGCUGCUCGAGGUCACGAUUAGGGCGUACACGUACUGGGAUAGGGCUGCGAGGGUCACUAAAGUACUACGAUCGCCUCAGAGUGUGCCCAGCCAGCCGGUAAAUCCCAAGAUCUUCGUCGAGAGUUACAAGGAUCCGUUGACCGAGCACCUUGAUCACUUCAUUACCUUCAGAUGGAAUAUGCCUGAAUUUGUGAAUGGACCUCUAAUAGGAUUUACCGUACAGUGCUGGUUUCUAGUUGAUAAUACAGAAGUAUCCCUCUGUGAUUCCGUCAAUGUACCAAUUCACGAGUUGGAAUAUACGAUUCAUAGUCUUCAGCCAAAUACCACGUACUUCUUCCAAGUGUGUGCUUAUGCUGAAGUCGGCGCGGGUCUUUACACCGAUCCAAUCUCAAGUUCGACGGAAAAUGAAAAUCCGAUCCCCCAACUGCUUGUCGCGACAAUGGAGGAUGUAAAGAAAGUUGAUCUAGACCAAUGCACGAAUCUUACAAUAACUCGGCACAUAGCCGUGGAGGUGGCAGUGCUGGCAACCGAAUCAAAGAUCUACUGGAUAAACGAAAUGCAGGAGCUCGUAACGGCUGACGUUGACGGGCGCAACAUCACAAAGAUCCUUACACUCAAUAAUACGGCAUUGAGCCUGUGCGCUGACUGGAUUUCGCGAAAUCUUUUCUGGACCGAAUCCAACUACGAGGAUUCUGGUAUUAGCCAUAUUAUGAAACUGGAUAUUACCGUGUGGGAAGCAGGAGUACUUAAGUUUUCUAGAAUUUUGUCAAGAAGUAGGCGUAUUGUCAAUCUAGAUAUUGCUCCAUUGACAGGGACUUUAUUCUGGAUGGAGCUAAGCACCAGUAACCUCGGCUAUGUCAUGCAGUCGGAUCUCUAUGGUCGUAAUGUUCAACCAUUUUUCAACCACACGGAGGACUGCUCCUGCCCCUUUCGACCCACCAUUCUACCAGUCUUCACAAUCGAUAAUAGCGAUCCCCAAAGUCCCGUUAUCUAUUGGAUGUCGGCCGAAGACCAACUAUACAUCGCCGACAUCGACGGAUGUAUCUGCAAUUUAGUGCUAAAUCCGGAUAAAGAUCGUGGCUUGCCUCCCACUUCCUUAACAACUGAUAAAAAUAACAUAUAUUGGUCGAAUAUGAAUACAGGGAAGAUUCAUUUUAUCGAUAAAUUGACGUCGCCCGAGGAUAUUCAUAUCAAAGGCUACAAAUUAAGCGACGUCAGGAGCAUUAAAGCUAUUGGCAAAUCAUUGCAGCCUUAUCCGGACUCCGACUGCCUGAUGCCUCAACGAGCUGCUUAUAGCGUUCAAGAGGUGUCAAAAACAUCUUCUAGUAUCGUUAUCAGACUACCCGAGCCCGCCGCUUACCUCGGCUGUGAAAAAUACAAUUUACCAGCGACCCUCUACUCCUUAGACAUUGCCCAGUGUAAAACGAUAAUGGAGAAUCGACAUGAUGACGAUGCUUGUGAAAGCGAUGGUAGCGUAAAGUAUCAAACUUAUUGGAAAGAGUUUGAGGUAAAGAAUCUCAAGCCCUAUUCGGAGUAUCGUUUUAAGCUGACGUUGGCCAACUAUUACGGCGAUCAAGAAUUCACAAACGUCGAUCAAUAUGGACCGGGUAUGAUUUUAAAGACAGGCGCGGGUAUCCCUUCGGAGCCUACAAAUUUGAACGUUCAAUCGUUAACUCCGACACUGGCUGUGAUUAAUUGGAUUCCUCCACAAAUGUGGAACGCGGACUUUUUGCGUUACAAAGUGUUUUGGAGAUCGACCAAAGCUGCCAAUGGCGUCAAAUCCAUGAGCGAAAGGAGCAUUAAAGAUGGCGAAGUGUCAGUGUUAUUAGAGGCACUUCAACCGGGUCAAGAAUAUCUCGUUUACGUGAGAGCGUAUCCUGAAAAUUUCACAGACCUGUAUAGCCAAAGCGAAGAGAAAGUCUUAAGAAUGUAUCCGGAACCAAAUAAUUUGACUGUUAGUGGAGUUACUCCGGAAGCAUUGAACGUCAGUUGGUCACCGAUGAAUGAUUUGCUUAUUGAUUACGAUUUAGAAUUUACGGCCAAUGGCCUAGAUAAUUGGGAAACUGUUUCCCAAUGCAUUCUAGAAAAUGACAGAUUAAUCUUUCAGAUAACAAAUUUGAAGCCCAAUGAAUAUUAUCAAUUCAAGUUGAUAUUAAGAUAUCGAAAUUAUACGAAAGAUUUUCUAUGGCCUAAUGACGGACGAUUUACCUUUCAAACUCUUGAAGAUAUUCCAUCAGCUCCCGGCACACCGUCGCUCAUUAAUUUGCAAACUUCGAAUUAUCAGCUGCAUUGGGAACCAGCUACGAGUCUCGGUUAUCAAGUUUUAUCUUAUUUUCUCGAGGGAAUGGCGAUUGGCCCAUCUACCGAGCCGCCAACUCAUCACAACGUCACAAACAAAUGGAACACGCUCUACAAUGGCACUGACAAUCUUUGGAAUAUUCAACAGGACAUGCACGAGAAAUACUUAUUCAGAGUUAGAGCUAAAAACGAUUAUGGCUUUGGGAAUUGGAGUGAAAAUAGUUCCAUCGUCGAUUUAACCGAAAUGACAAGGGCAAUGAUUAUCGCUCGGGAGCAUCUAGGCCUUAUUUUGGGUCUGAGCAUCCCCGUAGUUACGAUUGUACUAUUAUGCUUCUGCUACUGUCUAUGCCCGUUCCAAAAAAAGGCCAAGGAAGAUCAGAAAAAAAUUCCGAUUAAAACUAAACCGCACGUGGAGCUGGCAACGCUCAGAGAAAUACCGAGAGGAAAUUUUGUCGAAACCAAUGCUCUUUACGUAGCUGCGGUUGAAACGGAUUCCGACGACUCGCUCUUACCUAAAAUACAAAGGGAACAAAUUUCUCUGGCCAAGUUUCUUGGAAGCGGAGCUUUCGGAGAGGUAUUUCAAGGAGUCGCGAAGGACAUCGACGGUCCUGGCUCGAAAAUCCCGAUAGCUGUAAAAACACUGCGCAAGGGAGCCUCCGCCCAGGAAAAGAGCGAAUUCCUCCAGGAGGCCAAACUCAUGAGCCACUUCCAGCACAAGCACGUGUUGCGUUUACUAGGAGUUUGCCUCGACACGGAUCCGCCUCUGCUGUUGCUUGAGCUCAUGGCUGGCGGUGACCUGUUGAGCUACUUGAGAACCAGCAGAUCGCUCAAGCCGACGGACGCGGCAGCUCUGAGACUACAGGACCUCUUGUCGAUGUGCGAGGACGUCGCGCAAGGUUGCCGCUACCUCGAGGAGCUUCACUUUGUGCAUCGUGACUUGGCCUGCAGGAAUUGCCUGGUGUCGGCGCGCGAACGCGAGCACCGAGUCGUCAAGAUCGGCGACUUUGGCCUCGCUCGUGACAUCUACAAGAAUGACUACUACCGUAAGGAAGGCGAAGGUCUGCUGCCGGUGCGGUGGAUGGCCCCGGAGUCGCUGGUCGACGGGGUAUUCACGUCGCAGAGCGACGUUUGGGCCUUCGGCGUCCUCAUGUGGGAGAUCACGUCGCUUGGCCAACAACCUUACCAAGCCCGUACGAACCUCGAGGUGUUGCACCACGUGAGGGCCGGCGGUCGACUGCCGAAGCCGCUCAACUGUCCGGCGAGGUUGCACCAGCUGAUGCUCAACUGCUGGAGCGCCGUCGACUCCAGGCCGAGCUUCAAGCUUUGCCUCGAGCACAUCGUCGCGCUCAGGAACAACACCGACGACUCCACCCUCAGCCCCGUUAAUCCCGGCCAAUUUCUCGUUCACGGAAAUAUUUAUAAGUCGAAUCACUUUAAAGACAACUUGAGCAUUCGUUCGUUGAUUCAAGACUCCGAUAAUUCGAAACCGAAUUUGGGACCAAAGUAUUCCUGGCUACUUGAUAAUGCUUUAGAAGCCGACGAAAUGAAAAAUCCAAGAGCGGCUUAUGAAAUACCAAAAUCCAUACCUGUCCUAUUGGAAAACACAGCUCACAAUGAAAGUAGAUAUAUAGAAAUAUGUGGCAACGAGCAAAAUAAAGAGAAGGAACUGACGAUAAUGCCAACAGUGGGAUGUUACAAUGAUUUGAACAGUACAAUUACGCAAAGCGAAAUGCUAGAUGAAAAUCCAAGAUGGAAUAGAACGUCGGUGACUAGUCUGAAUUUAUUGGAGAAGAAGAACGAUAAGACAAACGCAACGGACAAGCGAUCUUCCACUGCCAGUUUAGGGGAAAAAUUCAAAUCCGCUGAGGCUAUAAAACAAUCUGGAUCUUAUGCUAGAUUGGUAGGGAAUGGAGAAUCAGUUUCUUCGCUGAGCGAUUGGAGAAGAGUCAAGAAGAUUGUCGGCGAUGAAAGAGAGAAGCUCAAUGUAGAAAGAAAUAAUUCGGAUGAAAUUAAAAGCAACGACUCGUCCGGGACAUCACCUUCGAUAUGUUAUUCUAUGGUAACAUUCUCCCAAACUGUUGCCGAACAAAGAUUCGCCCCGACAAAUAACAAUGACGCAAAUAAAGCUAUAUUUACAAAGUUACAAAGAUCAAAGUCUAAUUUACAAAACAGUAAGGCUAACAUUCCAUUGGUAAUCAAUAGUGCACUUCUCAAUUUACUGAGACAAGCGCCAGAUGUCGAAGAUGAAAACGACGAUGUGACAUAUGCAAACAUCAAUUCAGACAUUGUUAAUGUGACUGAUUUGUAACUUGUUUACUAUUA